UGUGUCAAUCCUGAUCUUUAAUACUUCCCGGCAGUGCUUUGUUGUGGUGAAGCAGUUCCGCCCAGCUGUUUACAUGUGUGAAGUGGAAAGGCAUCAUCCUCAAGUCUUUCAGAAUCAGGACAAGGAGAGCUUCUCUCAUGUAGAGGAUCCCUUACCUGCUGUAGUAGGAGUGACCUAUGAACUCUGUGCUGGCAUUGUAGACAAACCAGACCUUUCUUUAGAAGAAAUUGCAUGUGAAGAAGUCUUAGAAGAGUGUGGCUAUCGUGUUCCCAUUACAGACCUAAGGAGGAUCACUUCUUACAGGUCUGGAGUUGGUGUGACAGGUUCUAGGCAGACACUAUUUUAUGCAGAAGUAACAGACCAGAUGAAAACUGGUGAAGGAGGUGGCCAGCCUGGAGAAGGAGAGCUGAUUGAAGUUGUAGAAAUACCUUUAGAAGACUCCAUGAAGUUUGCUUAUGAUGAGAGUCUCCCAAAGACGAUGGGUGUCAUCUUCAGCUUCAUGUGGUUCCAAACCAACAUAGCACCCAAGCUACCAAAAAAGUAA